GCCGGUAAAUUUGUUGUUUACAUCCCGACAACAGAGGGCGCCCCAUAAAUCGUUCUCUUUCAUCCCACGGCCCAAACAUGGCAGUCGGCAAGAAUAAACGACUGACUAAAGGAGGAAAAAAGGGUACCAAGAAGAAGGUCGUGGACCCUUUCACCAAGAAGGAAUGGUACGACGUGAAGGCACCUGCCAUGUUCAACGUCCGGAACAUCGGCAAGACACUCUGCACCAGGACACAGGGAACAAAGAUCGCCUCUGAUGCUCUGAAGGGGCGUGUCUUCGAGGUCUCCCUGGCCGAUCUCCAGAACGACGAGGUUGCGUUCCGCAAGUUCCGUCUGAUGGUGGAGGAGGUGCAGGGCAAGAACUGCCUGACCAACUUCCACGGCAUGAACCUGACCAGGGAUAAGUACUGCUCCAUGGUCAAGAAGUGGCAGACCAUGAUCAAUGCCAACAUUGACGUGCGUACCACGGACGGCUACCUCCUGCGCCUGUUCUGCGUGGGCUUCACCAAGCGUCGCCAGCACCAGAUCAAGAAGACCGCCUACGCCCAGUCCACCCAGGUGCGAGCCAUCCGCAGGAAGAUGGUGGAGAUCAUGCAGAGGGAAUGCGGCACCAGUGACCUCAAGGAUGUCGUCAACAAGUUGAUCCCAGACAGCAUCAGCAAGGAGAUUGAGAAGUACUGCCAGGGCAUCUACCCCCUGCAUGAGGUCCACGUCCGUAAGGUCAAGGUGCUCAAGAAACCCAAGUUUGACAUCAGCAGACUGAUGGAACUCCACGGUGAGGGCAAGAAUGCCGCUGCCCCUGCUGCACCCAAACCCGGAGCAGACGGUGCCACAGUAGAGAGACCGGACGGCUACGAACCACCAGUGGUGGAAAGCGUUUAAAACAUCAACAGCUGCAUCUAUCACUUAACAGCGCCAAAAACAAAAACUUGGCUAAAGUCGUUAUAAUACGGAGAGCCCUUUUGAACUCGAAUAACAACCAUGAAUCGUAACCAUUCGCAACAUAGAUUAUAAACCUGGAAAAGUGCAAAAUAUUAUUUUCCUGUUUGAGCCCCUUGGUAUAUUGGCCAGAUAGCAAGAUCUCAGGUUCUGUCACAAUCCCCAAGAAAGGAUAUUUUGGACGAGGAUAUCUGGCUUAUAUAUUAUUGUGGAACUGGGAUGAAAUAAACCAACAAAAAUCUAUUGAAAGAUUUUAA